AUGAGAUCUCUAACUUUCCAAACCCUAAUCAUCACCAUUUUUCUCUUCACAAUCCCAACAUCAUUCGCAUCACCACAAACGCUUGAAAACGUUUUCGAGCAAUGCAUCACCGAUUUUAAACCUUCAAAUCCAAUAUCUCCAAUCCAAAACUUCACAUACACUCAACAGAACCCUAACUUCCUCACAAUCCUCAACAACUACGUUCGUAACCUCCGUUACUUCAACAACACGACACGUAAACCCAUCGCAAUCGUAGCCGCCGCAGACGUCACUCACAUUCAGGCCACGAUCACCUGCGCCAAGAAACUCGGCCUCCAGCUCCGGAUCCGCAGCGGUGGCCACGACUACGAUGGAUUGUCGUAUUUGUCGACAGUCGAUUUCGUCGUCCUAGACAUGUUCAAUCUCCGAUCUAUCGAGUUCGAUGCAAAGCUCGACACCGCGUGGGUCCAAUCAGGUGCUACGCUUGGAGAGAUCUACUACGGGGUCGCCAACAAAAGCAAUGAUCUCCGUGGAUUUCCAGCCGGAAUCUGCCCGGGUCUCGGCGCCGGCGGGCAUUUUAGCGGUGGUGGUUACGGAAACAUGAUGAGGAAAUACGGUUUAUCGAUCGAUAACAUUAUAGAUGCUAAGAUCGUCGAUGCUAAGGGAAGAGUCUUGGACCGGAGCUCAAUGGGAGAAGAUCUCUUCUGGGCCUUACGUGGCGGAGGAGCCGCUAGUUUCUGUGUUGUCUUAGCCUGGAAGAUUAAGCUUGUUCCGGUGCCGGAGAAAGUCACAGUUUUUAACGUCGAAACCCUCGGAAACAGAGGAGGCGUGAGCACCACGGAACUUGUAGCGAAAUGGCAAGAGAUCGCAGACAAGAUCGACAACGAUCUUUACAUAAGGUUAACUUUAAGCACAAGCAACAAAACCGUGAAGGCUUCUUUCAUGGGAAUGUACCUCGGAAACUCAUCGAAGCUUCUAGAAAUCAUGAACGCGAAGUUCCCUGCGCUUGCUCUGAAGCAAACCGAGUGUAUAGAAAUGAAAUGGAUCGAGUCGGUUCUGUUCUGGCUCAAUAUCCCACCCGGUACAGCACCAACAUCGGUUAUGCUAAACCGGAUCCCGCAAAAGCAAAUCUACCUCAAGAGAAAAUCCGAUUACGUGCAAGAACCGAUUUCAAGAUCCGGUUUAGAUGCGAUAUUCAAGGUGAUGUUGGAGAACGAGAACGUGACAAUGGCAUUUAACCCGUACGGAGGGAGGAUGAGUGAGAUUCCAGCGACAGCGACAGCGUUCCCGCACCGAGCUGGAAACAUGUUCAAGAUUCAGUACUCAGCGAACUGGUUCGUGCCAGGGGAAGCAGUGGCUAACGAUUACUUGAGCCAGACGGAAAGAGUGUUCGAGGCAAUGAGCCCUUACGUGUCAAAGAAUCCAAGAGAAGCGUUUUUGAACUAUAGAGACGUUGACAUUGGCACAAGCUUGAACUCGACGUACGAGGAAGGUAAAGUGUACGGAGUGAAGUAUUUUAAGAAUAACUUCGAGAGAUUGGUUCAGGUUAAGAGUAGAGUUGAUCGAGACAACUUUUUCCGGUACGAGCAGAGCAUUCCAGUGCUCUCCAGCCGCUAG